AAAGGUUAGUAUUCCAAAAGCAAAACCUAAAGUAGUAGAAACAAGACAAUUCAAGCACUUUAACAUUAACAAUUUCCAGCAAGACCUUGACCAAGCACUUAACUCAACUUUGUUUUACAAUUGCACUGAUGCAAAUACUGCCUGGUGCACAUGGAAGGAAAUAUUUUUGGAAAUUGCUGACAUUCAUGCCCCAUUACUAAAAAGAAAGGUAAAAAGUGAAUAUAACCCUUGGAUGACAAACGAAAUUAAGAAUAUGAGCUAUCAUAGAGAUUUUCUAAAGAGAAAAGCAAUUAAACAUAAUUCGACAAGAUAUCAUGAACUAUACAAGAAUUGCAGAAAUCGUGUUAACAAUCUUAUUAAAGAUACUAAAGCUAUAUACUUUAAGAACAAGCUAGAAAGUACUACGAACAGUAAGGAAGGAUGGAGAACAAUCAAUUUACUAUUGAACAAAAAAUCUAAGUCCACAUUAAUUAACGAAUUAAAAGUUGGGGAUAGUAUAGUUACUGGUGACAAAAAUAUUGCAACAGCAUUCAACAAUUAUUUUUCUACAAUUGGUGAAAAAUUGAGUGAGAACUUAUCUUGCAACAAUACCGACCCUCUUAACUACGUGACACCAGUGACUGAGGUAUUCGAGUUAAAUAAUAUAACAAUGGAUGAAUUAAGAUGCGAGAUAUUUAAAGCAAAAGCCGGGAAAUCAACAGGUUUGGAUAAAAUUUCAAACAAACUAUUAAAAGCAGCCGGGGAGACCAUUAUCGGCUCCUUAAGUCAAAUUUUUAAUCUAUCUAUCGAUACUGGAAUUUUUCCAGACGAUUUGAAACACACUAAGGUAACCCCUCUUUAAAAAUCAGGGGACAAGAUGGAUUGCGAUAAUUACAGACCUAUCUCAGUAACAUCAGCAGUAGCAAAAAUAUUUGAAAAGCUGGUCUCUAGGCAACUAAAUAAUUUUUUAGAAUUUCACCAGAUAGUAUCCACAAAUCAAUCUGGAUUUCGCACUCAACACUCCACAGAGACUGCACUCUUAUAUUCUGUAAAUCAAUGUCUUGUAAAUAUGGACCAGGGCCUUAUUAAUGGUCUACUGUUUCUUGAUCUCAAAAAAGCAUUUGACACUGUGGACCUCAACAUACUCAUUUCAAAAUUAGAGCUUUACGGAGUACGAGGGAAAGCAUUACAAUGGUUUAUUUCAUAUCUGAGAGGGAGAAAGCAAGUUUGCAAAAUUAAUCACGAAAUAUCAGAUAGAGCUACAAUUACUUACGGAGUCCCUCAGGGUUCAAAUCUAGGACCACUGCUUUUCUUACUUUACAUCAAUGACUUACCAAAUUGCUUAAGGUCUACAAAAGCAUCAAUGUUUGCAGAUGACACUAAUAUAUCCUGUGACGGAAAAUUAGCAACUGACAUUCAACAAAAAAUUAACUCAGACUUGAACAGUGUUCAUAAUUGGCUAUUAGCUAACAAACUAACUUUAAGUGCUGAGAAAACAGAAUAUAUGGUUGUUGGUUCGAGACAAAGGCUUAAUCAAAUAAAUUCAGAUCCUGACAUAUUAAUAGGAGAUCAUAUGAUAAAGAGAGUUUCUAACAAAAAAUUCCUAGGAGUGGUUCUUGACGAACAACUUAAUUGGCAUAACCAUAUAGAUAAUCAAUGUGCAAAAAUUUCAAAAAACAUUGCACUUUUGAGAAGAGCAAAAAGUUUUCUGACAGAAAAUGCCCUUAUUACAAUGUACAAUUCACUAGUCCUACCACAUUUCACUUACUGCUCAACAGUUUGGCACAACGGAAAUAUCACCCACAUCGACAAAUUAAGUAAAUUACAAAAAAGAGCAGCACGUGUUAUCACUAACUCAGGGUAUGAAAUAAGAUCAACAGAGAUCUUAAAUAGAUUGAAUUGGGAGCCCAUUGCAAAUAUCCUCGAACAACGUGAACAAACAAUGACAUUUAAAGCAAUUAACAAAAUGACACCAAAAUAUUUAACAGAAAUGUUUACUAUGUCCCAGAACGAUAAUUAUGCAUUGAGAAGUAACGAACGAAAACUUCACUUAUCAAAACCAAACACUAACUUCCUUAAGAAAAGUUUUUCCUACCGCGCAGCAGUGUCAUGGAAUAAACUUCCAAACGAAAUUCUCGAGGAACAUGAGCAUCUUUCAUUGAAUCAGUUCAAAAGGCUUAUUAAAAAUUGCUAAGAUAGCGAAAUUUUCCCGAAAUUUUAUCGAAUGUUUACUUGCAUUGUAAGGUCGUUUGCAUGUUAUACUUCAAUUUGAAUUAAUGUUAGUGUGUUAUAUUUUAGGUUUAGAUUUAGUUUUAUAUCUUUUUAAUAGUUUUAGACCACGGCCCUUUGAAAAACAGGCAACUGAAAGGUUACCGUGGAUAAAUACGUUUAAAUAAUAAUAAUAAUAUGGCUAUUGGCGGAUUAUAACCCAAUCGCUCUUUCGCACAGUGGUAUUCGGCUAGCAUUGCGCUUGUAAACUAGUAGACCCUCUUUGCUCUGGCUAAAUCUAUUCUAAUGCUUGUGGUAGUGUAGCCGUUACACCGUUAGCAAUAGCCUAGCCGUACAUAGUUACUCCUCUGAUGCAUACUUAAUACGCGCCUCUAUUGAUUUAUAGGCACUCUCUCUUUCCCGUUUCUGUGGUUUCUCCUCUUAAUUUGCAUCAAUUUGCCUGCGAACUCCAGUCUCAUCCGGAUCGUUCCAAAGUGAAUUAUGUUCUCAGUGGGAUUGCCCACGGCUUUGAUAUUGGUUUUCUCCCCCAGUUCCCUGUAACCUCUGCACGAAAAAAUAAAGCUUCAGCAACUGCCCAUUCUGAGAUCGUGGAUGCGUACCUGCAAAACGAAGUCGCUUUGGGACGAGUAGCCGGUCCUUUCCUUAGCAGCCCGCUACCUAAUUUGCACGUUAGCAGUUUUGGCGUGAUCCCCAAGGCUGGUCAACUAGGAAAGUGGCGUUUGAUUUUGGAUUUGUCGUCACCACAUGGGCGUAGUGUUAAUGAUGGUAUUGACCCCCGAACAAUUCUCUCUGCAGUAUAUAAAAUUCGAUGAAGUCGUUGCCAUGGUCAACAAAUUAGGUCGGGGUGCACUCAUGGCUAAGUUUGACGUCCAAAGCGCAUAUCGUAACGUCGCUGUACUGCCGUCGCAACGUCAUCUGCUUGGCAUGAAGUGGCGGGGAAAGUUAUGCGCAGAUCUUGCUCUUCCGUUCCAUUUACGUUCAGCGCCAUUCAUUUUCAAUUCUAUUGCGGAUGCGAUAGAAUGGAUUUUGCAUAAUAACUACGCCAUCGCCGACGUACCUUAUGGACUACCUCGACGACUACAUUACAGUUGGUCCACCUCAUCUCCCUCAAUGUGCGCAUAAUCUGGCGAUGGCCUCCUCCGUUUGUAGCCGUUUGGGCGUCCCUUUACAUCCCAAUAAAACGGACUGUCCCACGUCCUGUUUAUUUGUCUUGGGAAUCGAAUUAAAUUCCAUUCUCCAAAUUGCGCGUCUACACAAGGUUAAGUUAGAAGCUCUCAAGCAGCUCCUGAAAGAAUAUCAACAGAAACGAUGGUGUACACGUACGCAGCUAGGGAAACUGCACCAUGCAUGCCAUGUGGUUUGGCCUGGUCGUACCUUUUUGCGCCGAAUGAUUAAUCUUCUUUGCGUUUUUCGCCACCCGCUCCACCCCAUCCGUCUUAACGCGGAGUUUCGAUCAGAUUUGCAGUGGUGGGUCCAGUUCAUUGAGGAGUGGAAUGGUACAAACUUUUUCCUACUACCUGGACUCCUGCCAUUAGCCGAUCUGGUGAUUACAUCGAUGCCGCGGGUUCCAUUGGAUAUGGCGCCGUAUACCAUCAACAAUGGUUCAAUCAUGUGUCUCUCGUUUCAAUUGGCAGGUGUUUCGUGAGCUAGACCCCAAUUGCUCAUCGCUACCAACGCCUCUUCUAGUAAUCCUAUUGCAUCAACUGUCGCCACGGACCUAGAAACCCAAUGCCAUAGUUUUCUUCGUCACGGUUUAGCGUCGUCAACCCAAAAAAACCUACGCUUCUGCCCAACGCUCAUUUCUGCAAUUUUGUGAAUCCGAAAAUCGCUUGAACUUAAAUGGGUCGCCUCUCCCGUCGGGUGAAUGGACCCUUUGCCUUUUCGCUACGUGGUUGGCGAAUAACUUGAAACCUGCGUCCAUAAAAGUCUACCUGUCAGCCGUACGAGCACUCCAUAUCGAACAUGGUUAUCUUGAUCCCUUAGUUGGCUGUCUGCGUUUACAGCGUGUGGUAAAGGGCAUCAAACGUUGCAAAGGUGGCUCUCAAGAUAAGCGUCUUCCAAAUACCCGGACAUUCUUAACGCGAUCUAUCGCUGCUUGGACUUCGCGGUCUACGAUGACGUUCGGGGCCUUUUGUUGUCUGGCAUAUUUUGGUCUCUUGCGAUCAUCCGAGUUUACUGUACUUCAUGUACUUCAUGGCAUUUCCUAUUCUCCAUCGCUUCACUUAUCCCAUCAUGAUGUUGCCUUUGACCGAAGAGGCGAUCCGUCUUGUCUUCAAGUGCUUAUCAAAGUAUCUAAAACCGAUCCCUUUCGGCAUGGGUGCACUCUGACUUUGGGUCAGGGUCGUUCUCCCUCGUGUCCAGUCGAAUCGCAACUCAGCUACUUGGAGAUCCGUGGAGGUGCCGACGGCCCUCUGUUCGUCCGUUCCAAUGGCGCCCCCUUGACACGUACAGUUUUUACAGAGCGUCUUCGCCGACUGCUGAGCCAGGCUGGUAUAACUGGUCAUUUUGGCAGUCAUAGUUUCCGGAUUGGCGCGGCUACUACAGCGGGCCUGGCUGGCGUCCCCGAGAAUAUGAUCCAGACUUUAGGACGAUGGAGCAGUUCAGCUUACCUGGCAUAUAUACGAACGCCGCGUAAUUUAUUAGCUAGU